AUGGUGGCUGGGACCCGCGCUACACGUACUCUGAGGGCCGACCCAAAGUUUAUGGUCUGCACCGGGCACCUGAGCGCGCAGAGGAGAUGCUGGAGGCCUUUCGCCAGGAGAUCCCUUCUCUUCCUCGACAGCGGCCGCCCUUUGCAUGUCGGCCUUGUCCCGCGUGUUGCUUGUCUUUCUCGUCAGUCUGCAUCUCAGCUUGGCUCAGGGCAGGCCGCAAGAGAUUUCCAGAGGGAGUUCGACAUUAGUGGGGAAGAGAAUGAGAUCGUGACCAAAGUUGGUGACUUCAAGGAAUCCCACUGGGCAGUCCCAAUUGCCGGGACGCUGAAGCUUUUCAAGGGCUGCAUCUACCGCUGGACCCUCCGACUGGAGCACAUCUGCUCCACCCGUCCAGAAAUGCAGAUCGGAGUUCAUGCGAAAGAUCAUCGCCGUCCCUGGCGGCUGAUGACAACUACUCGCUGCUCCCGUGCUCGUGACGAGGAUCCUUGGCAAGAGCGUCCAGGUGGCGACCGGAUGUUGAAGGAAGGCGACUUUGUGCACGUCGAGGUGGAUCUUCGUGGCUUGCACCUGCCCUUCGGAACUCUGGCGUUUGCCAUUAACUCCGAGCCGGCAGAGAUAGUCUUCGAUGACAUCGCUUUGUCAUCAAGCAUGCACAUGAUGCCGGUGGUCUGCAUGGGCAGUGAUGGAUCCAGAGUCCGUGUUUGCCCCGCCUUCUGA